AUGUCAACUAUCCCAGCCACCAAUGCCGAAUGGGCAAAGGCAAUCUCAUCACUCUCCGCACAAUUGCCCGGCGCUGUGACUAUCGCACCAGCCAACUCGGCACAUAUUCCAUCCAUGAUCGACCACACUCUCCUCAAGCAACCAAUUGAGCCUCAGCAGAUCGACCAACUCUGCCUCGAAGCUCGAGAGCACAACUUUGCGACGGUCUGCGUGCGCGUGGGUGAUGUCGCUCAAGCCGUUGCCAAUCUCAAAGAUCUGCCCAAUGUUGGCGUUGCGUGUGUGGUUGGGUUCCACGAGGGAACCUACGAGAUGGAGUACAAAGUGACCGAGGCCCGUGAAGCGGUGGCCCGGGGGGCGAGCGAACUGGACAUGGUGAUUGAUUAUCCCAAGGUGAAACAGGGCGAGUACUCUGCGGUGUAUGAGGAUGUCCUGGCUGUGCGUCGGGCUGCGCCGCUGCCGGUGCUUCUGAAGGCCAUUCUGGAAACUUCGGAGCUUGAGCGGGAGGAGGUGAUUGCUGCCACUUUGAUCUGCUGUUUGGCUGGUGUAGAUUUUGUCAAGACCAGCACCGGGUUCAAAGGCCCCGCCACUGAAGAUGUCGUUUCCUUGAUGCGCACCGUCUCUCAAGCAGCCGGAUUUCCCAACGUCCAAGUCAAGGCAAGCGGUGGUGUUCGCACUGCGUCAGACUGUUUGCGCAUGGUUCAGGCCGGAGCGACGAGGAUUGGAGCGAGCGCCGGUGUCAACAUUGUCCGCGAAUUGGCCAGCGGAAAAGCUCCGUCAGAAUCUACAGGCGGAGACGGAUAUUAA